UUUAAGAAACGAUUCAUUUAUAAUUCGACUUUCAAUGAAACGUUCUCUAAUACUUUUAUAAGUGACAAUUAACAAUCCGAGAAAAUUAGUUUGUUACGAAAAGAAAAACUGUCGCAUUGAUACGAUUCAACAACACUAAUAAUGGCGCAAACGGGGUUUCCAGCAUUAAAAAAUGACUUGAUCUUAAAAGCUGCGAGAGGCGAACCCGUGGAACGUGUACCAAUGUGGAUUAUGCGCCAAGCCGGGAGAUACCUCCCAGAAUUUCAUGAAGUCCGAUCAAAACAUGAUUUCUUUUCUGUUUGCCAGACACCAGCUUUGGCUUGCGAAGUUACUUUGCAACCUAUCAAAAGAUUUGACUUGGACGCUAGCAUAAUUUUCUCAGAUAUCUUGGUUAUACCACAAGCAAUGGGAUUAAUUGUUACAAUGGUCCCAGGAACGGGACCAGUUAUACCUGAACCUUUAAAAGAUCCAUCGGAUUUGGCCAGAUUAGUUCAACCAAAUGUAGAAAAAGAUUUGAAGUACGUAGGGGAUGCUAUUACCUUGACAAGGCAUAAGUUAGAAGGGAAAGUACCAUUAAUUGGUUUUACUGGAGCACCGUGGACAUUAAUGAGCUACAUGAUCCAAGGUGGAGGUAGUUCGACAAUGACAAAAGCACGAGAAUGGCUAUACAAAUACCCAGAAGAUUCUCAUAAACUUCUGCAUCUUAUCGCGAACGUUAUAAUAGAUUAUCUUGUGAUGCAAGUGAAAGCUGGGGCACAGUUGUUACAGGUCUUUGAAAGUCAUGCGGAUUUUCUGAACGACGAACUGUUUGAGAAGUAUUCCUAUAAAUACUUGAAGGAGAUCAGCGAGAAGGUGAGACAACGAUUGAAAGAAGAAAAUGUUCCUGAGGUACCGAUGAUUGCUUUUCCUAAAGGUGCGACCAUCAAUUCCCUCGAGAUGUUAGCAAAAUCGAAAUCUUAUGAAGUUUUAGGCUUGGAUUGGACGGUUAAUCCUACAGAGGCAAGAGAAAGAUUUGGUCCCGAUAUCACGUUGCAGGGAAAUUUAGAUCCUUGUGCAAUGUAUGCUUCUGAGAAAGAGAUAAUUGAUCGUGCUCGAAACAUGGUAGCGAAAUUCGGUAAAACACGGUAUAUUGCGAAUUUGGGGCAUGGUAUUCAGCCAGAUACACCGAUCAAAUCGGUUGCGGCAUUUAUUGAAGGAGUUCAUUCAGUCUGAUUUGCAUAAUUGAAACUUCCGUCUUGUAUGCAUUUAUUACAAUGUAACAAUGUGCAAAUGUAUUUUGUAAUAAAUUGUUAUUGUUGAUAAUUCUUAUUAAA